AUGGUCAACAAUCGCUCGCGUGAGGUCAUUUCUAUCCAUGUCGGACAGGCUGGUGUCCAGAUGGGGAAUGCGUGCUGGGAGCUGUAUUGUUUGGAGCAUGGAAUUCAGCCUGAUGGAAUGAUGAACGAGGAGGAUAGUUUGGGAGUAGAAGACGACUCAUUCAAUACAUUCUUCUCUGAAACGAUGGCUGGCAAGCAUGUGCCACGUGCGAUAAUGGUGGAUUUGGAGCCGACCCCAAUUGACGAAAUUCGGACUGGAACGUACAAGACCUUGUUCCAUCCUGAACAGCUUCUCACCGGCAAAGAGGACGCUGCUAACAACUAUGCCCGUGGCCAUUAUACAAUCGGAAAAGAAAUCAUUGACGUUGUUAUGGAUCGUGUACGACGUCUCGUCGAAAAUUGUAGGGGACUUCAGGGAUUCUUGGUGUUCCAUUCAUUUGGUGGAGGAACCGGAAGUGGUUUCACCGCUUUACUGAUGGAACGAUUGUCGGUGGACUAUGGAAAAAAGAGCAAGCUAGAGUUUUGUGUUUACCCGGCUCCACAGGUCUCGACUUCAAUGGUUGAACCAUACAAUUCAAUUCUGACCACACAUACUACUUUGGAACAUUCUGACUGCUCCUUUAUGGUGGAUAAUGAAGCGAUUUAUGAUAUUUGUAGAAGAAACUUAGACCUCGCUCGUCCAACUUACACAAAUCUGAACCGUUUGAUUGCUCAGGUUAUCAGUUCUGUGACUGCAUCAUUGCGUUUUGACGGUGCUUUGAAUGUGGAUCUCACUGAAUUCCAAACCAAUUUGGUGCCAUAUCCAAGAAUUCAUUUUCCACUGACCACAUACGCACCAAUCAUUAGUGCUGAGAAAGCGUAUCACGAGCAAAUGACUGUCGCUGAAAUCACUCAACAGUGUUUCGAACCAGGAGCGCAAAUGGUGAAAUGUGACCCGAGAAGAGGAAAAUACAUGGCUUGCUGCCUUCUUUUCCGUGGAGAUGUAGUUCCAAAAGACGUCAACGCUGCCAUCGCUUCAGUGAAGACAAAACGUUCAAUCCAAUUUGUCGAUUGGUGUCCGACUGGAUUCAAGGUUGGCAUCAACUAUCAACCACCAACUGUGGUCCCUGGUGCGGAUCUCGCGAAACUUCAACGAGCCGUGUGCAUGCUCUCAAACACAACAGCCAUCGCCGAAGCAUGGGCUCGUCUCGAUCACAAGUUUGAUUUGAUGUACGCCAAGAGAGCAUUUGUUCAUUGGUAUGUCGGAGAAGGAAUGGAAGAAGGAGAGUUUAGCGAGGCUCGAGAGGAUUUAGCUGCGUUGGAAAAGGACUACGAAGAAGUUGGGUUGGAUGCAGGAGAGCCAGACGAGGAGGAUGAUUACAGUCAUUAUUGA